AUGGAAGAGAUCACCGAAGAUAAGCUCUGGAAACCCUUCAUUGAGUCGUUGCGUGAAAAGCCUGAUAACAUGGACAAGCGCAGUUUUGCCAGUGCUCAGUCGGCAGAAGUCAAGAUACAAAUUGAGAAGUUGGCAAAGGUGCGACUGCGUUGCUCAUUUCCAAACGCUUCCUUCUGGAUCGUUGCUGAUGACGACAUAUGGGUGAACGUUGACAAUAUGAAGGCUUAUGUGGAACAACUCAACUCGAAUGAAAUCAGCAUAUUCGGUACGACUGCUGGAGAUGCCUUAAAUGUUUGGGGAGGAGCCGUGGGAUACUCUCGAGCCUUCGUACAAUGGCUAGUGUCUUCACCCAAGCACUUCAAGAGCUGCAGUGAUGCGACGUACGAGUACAACAAGCGAAAGGCUGCUAGACCCUUGAAGAACUACUAUUUACGUUUUGGAGUGCCAGUGGCGCCCUAUCAUCAGGACUGCUACCUGUCAUUCUGCUCUAUAAAAGUGUCUAAGGCGAUGGUGCACAGGAGUUUGGAGGUUAAUGUCCGUACAUAUGGCAUUUUACUGAGCGGCAACAGGUGA